UACUUUCCAAAUAAAACAGAAAAACCAUUCUAAGUACUGUGGGUUUUAAACCUGUGGGAAACAUCUCGUGCUAAUGACAUCUUGCUUGUAAAUGCGCAGUGUAUCAGCAAACACCCCUAUUCUCUGUCACAACACGUAUAGGAGCACUUACGUCUAGACACACCCAUGAAAGAAUGUGGGGUAGCAAUAUGAGUAAAAUUGAAACCCAGCCAAACGUUUAUCGGGGCGUGGAAAUUGUUCGAAAUACUUCAGCUUUCAGCUAAUUCCGUGUUUGAUUUAGGUUUUGGACUGGGGACGCUGCAGCUGCUGAAUUCUCUGGUUGACGAGUUAAUAGAUUCCAGGUGCAAUGGACUGGGGGACAUUACAAGGUGUGCUCAGUGGCGUGAAUAAAUAUUCGACCAGAUUUGGACGGAUCUGGCUCUCGGUAGUCUUCAUCUUCAGAGUAUUAAUCUAUGUGGUGGCAGCGGAAAGUGUGUGGGGUGAUGAGCAGAGUGACUUUGUAUGCAAUACCCUUCAACCUGGCUGUCCAAACACUUGCUAUGACCAUUACUUCCCCAUCUCCCACAUUAGACUAUGGGCUCUGCAACUAAUCUGUGUCACCACACCUUCUCUGCUGGUUGUCUUGCAUGUCGCCUACCGAAAGGAGAGGGAGAGGAAGCACAGGCUAAAAUAUGGACAGAAUUGUUCCCAAUUAUACAAAAACACAGGGAAGAAACAUGGUGGGCUCUGGUGGACCUAUCUGAUCAGUCUGGUGUUUAAAAUUGGGUUUGAAAUCGCUUUCUUGUAUAUACUUCAUCACAUUUAUAAUCGUUUUGAUUUGCCUCGUCUUGUCAAGUGUUCCAUGUUCCCCUGUCCAAACAUAGUUGAUUGUUUCAUUGCCAAGCCAACUGAGAAAAAGAUCUUCACAUACUUCAUGGUUGGAGGGUCAGGUCUUUGUACCAUCCUCAACAUUUCUGAACUACUUUACCUAAUUUUCAAACGAUGCUUUCAAUGUUGCCACAAAAAAAAUGAAAAGGAAGAGGUGAGCAUGUCAAGGACAAGGCGAAAUUUAAUUCGUAAAGAUGUUCUUGAGAAUGGCAUUAGUUUAGAAGAAUAUAAACACAAGGUCUAACAAGCUCUGCUGUAAACCAAUAUGAAAAUCAUUUUUGUUUACACACUUUGGAACAGCUUAACAUGAACAGAACCUGCUUGGUGAUUUCACCAAUAACAGAUGCCAUUCCAGCAAACAAAUGGAACUAUGAGGGCAAGUCUGCACAAAGCUAUGUCAGACUGGCUAAGAAUUAAUAACAUUCACACCAAAUUCAGUAUGACUCUCAUCUUUCUAUGUCUGUAGAAACGUUUUUCACUGUAACCUGACAUUUUGACCAAGUGUUUGGAACAAGUGUUUGAGUUAUCUCCAGCUCAGUAAGGCUUUCAAAUCCAUAUCUGUACGAUGUUAUACCAAAGACAUGACAUCACUGAGAAGUGGGAACAUUAUUGAAGUUUGCAUAAUCAUUGGAUCAGCAGAGGCAUGAACUGUGAGAACAUUACCAUUGGAUAAGCAAUGAUAUGGACAGCCUUUUUAUCAGUAGACAGACAAUCGAGGAUCAGGACAAAAUAUAUUCACCAAUAGGAUAAAAUGGACAUUGACACAGCAUAUAUCACCAUCAAGCAACAAAGUGAAGGGCAGAGCACACAUCACCACUGCAAGAUUGAGAGUUGUGGUGCUACAACUAUAGGCUGGAGUGUGUUCAGAGAAGAAGAAUAACUGCUGUAAGUUUUGUGGAACUAUCACAAGGAAAUGGAGAAGCAUUGUGAAAAAUUAUGAACAUUCAUGAGUGGAUUUCAUGAGAUAAUGGACAAAGUUGCAUCAUUUGAUGCACAAAAUUCCAGUAAAAACAAUCACAGGAAAUCUUGUGGAUAAAAAUGGGUCUUGACUCAAUCCCAUAAAUCCAUGGGCCUUAUUGUAAGUGGACACAACUUCACAAAGUGAUUCCAAAAUACUAGUUAAAAAAAUACUCCAAAAUUACAAGUUAUUAGGAACAGAGCUUGAUCUAGAUAAUCACCAUUAAAUAUGACUCCAGGAUUUCGGCACAAACAAUCUAAGCUGAUAGUUCAGUGCAGUACUGAGCUGACAGUCCAGUGCAGUGCUGCACUGUCAGAGGUGCCGUCUUUCCAUUGAGAACUUAAAAGGUCCAGUGUGCCCUUUUAGGUGGAUAUAAAAGAUUAUAUGGCACCAUGUCAAAGAAGAGCAGGGUAUUUAAACAUGACAAAUAUUUAUUCCUCAAUCAACAUCAUAAAAACAGGUUGUGUGGUUAUUAUUAAAUUGUGAGAUCUUGCUGUGCA